AUGGGGCUACAUAACUUGUUCUUAUUCGCCCAGUGUUGUUUCUACCUGCUUUUGUUUAUUAUGUCAUUCUUUGCAUGCAUCCCUGCCGGGGUGAAUGUCAGCAAUUUCAAUGGACACUGCUUACUUUACGCCAGAGGAGAAUGGACAAAAGAAGCCACUACCAGUAACUUAGAUCACAUUGACUGGGGACCAGACAGUGCCUGCAAUUUUACAGUAUUUAUCGGCGUGGUAUCCCUAAUAAUAGCCUUGUUUUAUUUAGUAUGGAUAUCAGUGAUGCUGGCAAGAAGCAUAGAAUGUUCGUGGCUGGAAGCAUUUGUGAACUCUGUGGUCAAUUCUGUCAUGUGUAUCUGCUUUUUUUCAACUGCCUUAACUGUGAGUGUGGGCUUUAGGCAGUGGUGUAAAUUUGUUACAGACCCCAGAUCGGGCAUUGAGAGGUGUGAGCAAGGACAGUACAUCCCAUUUGGGUUAUCUGUGAGUGUUGACACAAGCAAUUAUUUUAUUCAGUGGCAGAUUACACAGUUUGGAGUAUGGGCUGGCUGGAUACUUUGGCUUGUCUUAGCCAUUAUGUCUCUGAUCAGAGUGUACAACUACCACAGACAAGAGGCCUUUAUGAUCAGUGUCAACAGAGAGAGACAGCGUCUGCUGGCAAAAGUUGGACACCCCGCUGACCCAGUUUGA